AUGGGUCGAACCAAAGCUCUCUUUCGGGCGAAGAAGCGAGCGCAAGCCGCCGUUGCGGACCGCCUCCGCAACGAAUCUCGCAAUGCCCUCACCGGCUUCUCCGACUCUGGCCCUGCCUUUGGCCGCGCCCCGCCCAAGCACCAGCCGAUCCUCACCGCUGCCUAUAAGUUGAACUACACGAUCCGCUGCCCGUGUUCACAAUGGAUGAGAGCCAGUACUGACCAUGUCUUGUUGGAUGCUAGGGGAGAAGAGCAGCUGAGCAAUCUCUUCGAGGCCCUGGGCGUGAAGUACAAGCACGAAGCCCGCGCGCGUCUUCAGGCGCUCCUCAUCACAGCCUUCCGGCUGGCGCACGAGCAAAAGGGGCUCUACAACGCCAGCGACGAGACCGACGAGGCCGAAGCCAUGAAGACAACCUUCUACACCAACCUCGCUGCCGCCAUCACCGCCGCCAUCACCCCCGGCCACAACAAGGCCGUCGACCUCAAGAAGCUCCACGCCACCGUCCUCCGCGCCCUUGUCGAGCUUUACGUCGAGACGCGAAAGGAGUUCCGGAAGAGAGAGAACCGCCCCGCUCGGGUGGUCUUUCGAAAGGACCAGGCCGCCAUGGACGGAGGUGAGAACGUGGACAAGGACGAGGAGAUGGGAGGAACGGGCUCCGGCCACUUCGUGGUCGAGGAGGACCCGGACCCCGACCCCGAAGACAUGUUCGUCUGGCAGGACACCGAGUAUGAUGCCGCGGCUCAUACCAAGAAGGAGAACCAGCUGGUUCGAAAUGCCGAUCAAUGGCUGGAGGACCUCGAGGUCCAGAAGGGCACGGCCGUCGAGCCUGACCUCAUGGCGGCGUUGAGCAGCUUUUAG